AUGGAAGCUGCUAUCGCGAGAAUUGAAGAAGCCUGCAGACGUUUCACUCAUCCAGCAACUAGACAGCAAGGUGAAAGUGAACUUUUAGCUAUCAAUGAAGCUUUAUCACCGGCUGAUAUACCUGCCGUGACGAUUGCAGUACUUGAACAAUCGACUGAAUUUUACGCUCAUUUUCAUCUACUUACGCUCUUGAUAUCUACUAUUAGUACACACUCAAAUCCUGAACUAAGCCAGCACUUGCUUAACUACAUCCUUAAUAGCAAGAAAUUACCGGUAUACUUGUCAGUGAAAGCCCAUUUAGCUUUGGUUAAAGCAACCAGCUUGGAGAACCUCGUCGUUAUCCUUAACGGUAUCAGUACUUCUUCACCAGCAGCAGCCGUUGGUAUAUCACGUGCAAUACUUGAAGAACAACAAAUUAAUGCUGAUGAGGAUGAUCAGCUUCAAAUUUCAACCUUUGAGAAUAACGUGUUACCCAUACUCUCAAACAUAAUUUUACAAAGCCUUACUCUUAGUCAAGAAAGUGAUGUUAUGAAGUACACAGUACCAGCAUUGGAAGCCCUCUUGACUUACAGGAACGAUCAAAAUGAUUUGAUUUUCAAUACUGCAACAGAAUCGAUGCAUGCUAGUGUACUCCAUCAGUUCGCGAGACCGGAAGUUUUGCAGUUAAUUAUGUCAGUCAAUACUUACGACAAUGAAACCCUAGGGUUUGUUGUUAGGAAAGUCCUCAAUGCAGUAUUCAGUAGCACUCACCCGCAAGACAAGAACGGUUGGACGUUGACUCUCAUCAAAUAUCUCGAAACUGCUAGCAGUAUGGAUAUUGGUACACGCUUGUCAUGUCACAAGUCACUACUACAGUCUCACAACCUUGAUGUCAUUCUCUCAAACGAUGGUCCAACUUACAUCCAGAAUUUAUUUCAAUUGGGGGGUGCUUCAUUAUCACAACAAGGAGAUAUUUUUGCAGACUUUCUGGCUUGCUGGUUGUCAAUCUUACGCAGUAUUGAAACUGACACUGGUAUGAUUCCUACAGAUUUAUGCACUGAAAUUGUCAGAGGUUGGUUAAACACUAAAGUUACCCUUUUAGAUAAUUCACAAGAAGAUGACGAUGACGAUGACAAUGAUUUGGAUGAUGUUGAAACUGAACUGAAAGUCAUUCUAGAUCCUCUAGCUCAAUUGGGUAGAAUGAACCCAAUACCUAUACUGGAAAUUGUUAUCGAGAAAGUCAAUUCGUUUAACGUCUUGAUUGAAUCGUCUGGUUACCUCUCUGACAGUAAUUAUGAUAGAUUACAAACAUUGGUAUUGUUCACUGGAUCUUUAAUAGCAGACGAAGGCGUUGGAGAAACCCCAUCAAUUCCAAACAAAUUAGUAGAUACUGAACAUUCAGCUUAUGGUCUGUCAACACUCAUAGGAAGUCUAGCCAAAUUGACCACUCUGUUCACAAGCGAGAGGGACUUAUCACCAAAUGUAGCAGGAAUAAUCUGGAAAUCGUUUUGGGCUCGCUUCUUACGUACUUACGGAUUGAAUGAUAAUCUAGCACUUCCAGCUAUGAAAGAUAUCAACAAUGUAGGAUUUUAUAGUGAAUUUCAAAACGUUAUUCAACAUUCUCUACAAAAGUGGAAAGCAGAAGAGGAUGUCAUCGAUGGUUUAGCAGAAACCAUCCAAAGUUUACCAAUGUCUUCAUCAUUGAUCAAUUUUGGUAAUAUAAUUGAUAUAAUAUUAUCAAAUAUGCCUGAUUGGCCUUACAAGUUGGACAAAAAGUUGGUCAGUAGUUGUGGUAUUUACAUAAGUAGAAUGGAUAGGAACUCUGAAGAAAGACAGAGAUAUAAAAUCAGUAUCUUCUACUUCAUAUCAAAUAUGUUCACCGUAAUUGAUGAUGAGGGAUUUAAGACGAACUCACAAAAGCAUCCAUAUAUUACACAUAUCAAAAUGGGAUUAAAUGCUUUAGUUGGACUAAGCGAAACUUUAGAUCCUUACACAUACUUAGAUACAGUUGAGUUUAUAAAGCAAGUACUGUCCAAAUUAUUAGGCGUUGUUCAAACACAUUAUCUAAGUCGUAUAGAUAUACAAUUAGACAUACUAUGUAUCUUCAACUCAGUUAUACAAAAUUUGGACUUGGGGAUGGAUUUCGAUGAAGCUGGAUUAAGGACCUUGCCAGAACAUUACGUUGCACCAGUAAUGAAUAUGUGGUUCGAGUAUUACCUCUCAAUAAAGUAUGAAAGAGGCGUAGAUGAUAGUGAUGAAUUUAGUGAAGGUGUCGAGAUUAUAUUCAAUAUCUUGCGUAAUCUUGCCUCUACUGAUGGAAAUUACAGUGAUAUCAAUAAUGAUAAAACGUUUGCUGCCUUCGUUUUCAGCUAUUUGGAUCCUCUAUUCAACAUUUCACAGUCAAUUUUGGAAAGUAACUUGAAAUUACAAGCUAUAUCAGUUGAUUUAGUCUGUAAUAUAUUGAGGAGUUAUCCACGUUCAAUCAAUAUGCAGAUGGUCUCCACCGGUGUAACUUUUUCAAAUGCCACUUUACUCAAUUUCCUUAACCAAGUUAUUACAUCACAAUGGUCAUCAUCGCAUACACUCAUAGAUGGUGUAGAGAGUUACAUGAAAUACGGAUCUGAGAAAAAUGGGAAUGGUGGGAAGACAUUAUCUCAAGUAAUAGCUAUACCCCUCAACGCAAUACUAUUGAGAACUGUCAUAUCCAGAAAUCUUCGUCAACGUCUGGUCAUAUUCAUCUUAUCCGUAUUAAAUACAACAGAUGUACAUGCUUGGUUGGACAGAAAAACAGUAUUAUUGACGAUCACCAACAAUUUGAAAUGUCCUGAAUCAAGUAAGGACGCUAUACAAGCGUCAUUACAAUCUGCAUUGAUGUCCGGCAUCGAUUUAACAACGUAUAAAAGCAUAUUAAACGAAUUAUCAUCACAGGUAGCAAAUAUAAUGAGAGGUGUCCAUAAUUAG